CAGCAGUGCAGUAAAUUUGUUUUAUAGUAGACGUAUAUAAUUUACCGCUUGACUGUUGACGUCGAUAGAUUAGCAAACAAAAUGCCUUCUCCUAAAGCUAAAAACGCCGGCCGCAGCGGCGGGAGCCCGGUGCUCGGCGGCUCCAAGUCGUCGAUGAAACCGCUGAACCUGUCUUCACCGCCACACCACCUCCAGCGACAAGGUUCCGACCCGACCAGCGCCCGCCUCCGGGUCUCAGAGAGCCCAUCUCGGCGCCGGGGCUCCAACUCCUCCACGGGCUCAGCGAGCGGUCAGGGGCCACCUGAGGAGAACAGUAUGCGGCUCAACCCCUCCCUUGUUCGCGUUUCGCUCAGCUCCUUGCUUGCCAUCGACCUGUGGUUGUCCAAGCGGCUCGGAGUAUGUGCCUGUGAGGACUCUUCGUGGGGCAGUGUGCGCCCCUUAAUGAAACUCCUGGAGGUAUCGGGUCAUGGUAUCCCGUGGCUGGUUGGUGCCGCGUACUGUCUGUACAAGAGUGACAGUGCUGCAGGACAAGAAGUCAUGCUCAACCUUCUCCUGGGUCUCCUGCUGGACCUGAUCUUGGUUGGCUUUGUGAAGGCCGUGGUGCGUCGCCGUCGGCCAGCCCAUAACCAAAUGGAUAUGUUCGCCACAUUUUCCGUGGACCGCUACUCCUUCCCUUCUGGCCAUGCCACCCGUGCCGCAAUGUGCGGGCGCUUCCUGUUGGCUCACCUCGUGCUGGCCCCACCUCUGAGAGUCCUCGUUGUGCUGUGGGUGGGCCUGGUGGGGCUAAGCCGAGUGCUGCUGGGAAGGCACAAUGUUACUGAUGUUCUUUUUGGGUUUUGGAUGGGGUAUUGCCAGAACAACCUGGUGGAGAUGCUAUGGCUCUCUCCUCAAACUCUGCAAGGACAGCUGGGACAAUGGGCUUAAUGUUUAUUUUUUCACAAA